AAACAUGUCCUGACAUGUCCGAACCAAUCAGCGACCGACAUGAGAAAGUCUGCAAACGACUUGCCGUAGGUUGCCAUAUACGCUACGAUAAACACGGCGUCAUGUGACUGUACGGCAGUCAACAACCAGUUACAACAAGAUGGCAUCGCCAGCGGGAGGAGGUGAUUCAGGUGCUAGUAUGAGCUAUAUAUUACAUUUCAAAACGUUGAGGCAGUGUCAGAAGUCAGUAAUAUGUGACAAUCGCUGCUGUAUCAACGUUUGAAUUAGCACGUCUUGUUUUUUUACGUUAAAACCUAACGGGGUUACUUACCACCGCUAGCGUUAGUCCAACUAGCCGAAGGAAUAACAGAGAUCAGAUACUAGAAGUGGGGUCUGCUUUAUUAAAAGAUUUCAUUUUUGAGCGGGUUCGUCGGCAUGGGGGGGAUAACGCCAUGGUGACACGGGAACAGUUAGGUGGAGGAGAGCUGUGUGACCCAAACCAUAAGAAGCUUGCCCAGUGCCUGCAGCAGAUUGGAGAUGAACUAGAUGGAAAUGUCCAACUGCAAAGAAUGAUAAAUGAUACUGCACUCAGCCCUACAAAGGACGUUUUCAUGAAAGUAGCUAUUGAGAUAUUUUCUGAUGGAAAAUUCAACUGGGGUAGAGUGGUUGCACUCUUCUACUUUGCCUGUCGGCUGGUAAUCAAAGCUCUGGUAACCAAAGUUCCCGAUAUCAUCAGAACUAUUAUCUGCUGGACCAUGGACUAUCUGCGUGAAAAUGUGAUCAACUGGAUCAGAGAGCAAGGCGGAUGGGAAGGAAUCCGUUCCCACUUUGGUACUCCCACUUGGCAAACUGUUGGGGUGUUCUUGGCAGGAGUACUCACCACUGUUCUGGUCAUUCGCAAAAUGUGAGCAGUUGUUAAGCAGGAAGAAAGAUGACAGACAAAUCUGCGAGGGAGGGAUAUUGGGAUUGGGACAAGGGCAACAUGAAGGAAGACACAGUGGACAGAAAAGUGAUUCAAGAAUGAAGGUGUGGAAGAUCUUGGCGUCUGGACAUAAUGACCCACUCACAUUUUUCCCCCCUUCCAUUCACAUCUCAGCUUUGGGAGUUGGGUUGAAUGGUUGUUCUUGUGAUCCCCCUCUGCUCACUGAGGAUGUGAGAAGGGCUUGACUGCAUGCUCAACAGAGAAGGAUGGAGAGACAGACUCGACCAGGGCACAAUUUUUUAAUUAAUUUAUUUUUCAAGUAGGUACAAAAAAACGUUACUGCGUUAUUUUUGGUGCCUGAGUUUUUGAAAGCUGUACGGACUGAGUUUUUUCCCUCAGCAUUCCGAUGAGCUGAGAUGCACUUCAGACAUCCUUUUGUGCUUCAUGUUUACUGCACUUUCAUUUUUUUCCUUGAGUCUUUUUCCAUCUGCCCAUUCUCUCCAUCUAUCUCAUCAUGGUUUCCCUAUGCUAAAGUAUGCAUUUUUGCAUGUGUCUGUGAGUAUUCCCUUUUGUAAAGUUGAAAUGAUCUGCUGGCAUUGAAAGAAGUCAUCAAGGGUGGUCCUUGAUGACUUCCACAUCUGGUGGAAGUCAUCCUAGUGGAAGUGGUAUGUUAUCACCACCUAUGGUGAUAAAACAUUUAAAUACAAUUAUGUUAAUCACUGUUGACAUCUGACAUCAUAUAUCAGCAAGCAAAUGCUAUUUUGUAUUUGAAUACCAUUAAUGGCAACUUCAAUCAGCAAGUAAAUACUGUUUAUUUGAAUACCACUAAUGGUAACUUGAUAACAUUUACACCAUUCAGAUCACCUCAAGCCUCAACCUCAUUUCCUUUUCAUCGAACACGAUGUAAACAGCUAUAAAUUAACACUUUUUGCACUGCAGACAAGAAAGCACUGCAUUGCUCACAGAUGCUUACCUCAAUCUAAGCAUAUAUAAAAAGUACUGUAUUUGUAGGGGAAUUGUUCAUACAUGAGCUACAAUCCUAUGUACACAACAGAAUGCAUUUUUAUGUUUUUGUUUGUCAGUGCCUUUGUGGGGGUUUUUUUUUUACAAUGAAUUCACUUUGAUAUUCUCCCAUUUUUCACCUUUUCUGUUAAAUUUGUAAGGAUCAAAUUUCUUGUCUCCUGAAAUCUUUUUGCAGUGACAUUGUAGUACAUUGUUGGAAUAUGAAAAUAAAACAUUUUUAUGA